UCGCAGUGGAACAGAGAUUGAGUAGAAAGGUGGCAGGAAACGAUGAUUAGAAAUAUUAAAUGCAAUAGAUGUAAUUUUUGCUUACACUUUUCUUUUAAAAUGAAAACGUAUGCUAGUUCUGCUAUCUGACUUUAAAUAUAAGCUAUUAAACGAAAAUGAAAGAGACUGCUGUUACUUCAAAAUCAAACACGAGUAAUGGCAUCUCUGACAGCGGUGAAAGAUCUAAGCUGGUCUACUUUGGAUCGCUCGUUAUUGAUAACAGAUACACAUCAUGUAUGCUUCCUUGGAUUGUGGCUGAGAUUAAGAGGAAAUGCCAAAGACAGACUUUGGACGUUGUUGUAGGGAACACAAAGGUUAUUGGAACUGGAAAUGAUACAAUUGUCGAACAUGGUUUGGUAUCAAUAUCGAAGUGCAUUAAACUUGAAGGAAGAGAAAGCUCAACGUUUGCUUAUCUUACCAAAGAUACAAAAAAUAACUCAACUUGCUCGUGCCAUGUAUAUGAAGCUGAAAACACGUCAAAGGCUGGUCGGUUUCUUGUAGCAUUGAAACAAGCAUUGGAAGAAUGUAAACGUCCACUACCAUUGAAAGAUAUCGUCAAAAAGGAUGCAGCAUUACAAGAUCACCUGCAUGGAAAGGAAGACCAACAACAUGUGCAAUACAGUGUAACAUAUGUUGGUAGACUGGGUGUAUCACACAGGAGAGCACCUGAAACUUUAAUUGACAAUUCAGUAGAGAGAUUUCAUCAUCAUAAUCAACAGAUAUUAUUGACAUCAAAAUUAAACUCUCUGAGAACAGAACAAAAUGAAAGUGAAACACCAACAGAGGAACGUCGUGCUGGACGGUCGCCAAUUAAAACUAUGAGCAUUGAAAUUGAGGGUGUAAGGCCAGGACAGGAAGAUACUGAAGAUGUAGUUCGACCACGUUCUGUUAGUGAUGGUACACCUUCAUUCUUAAUGAAUCCUACUGCACGUCAAGAAUCAAAUCCAUUUGGAAAGCCAAUAAAGUCGAACAGGAAGUUCAGUAUCCUCUCAGAAAGUCGCAUUCUAGUCAUGGAUAUCUCUGUUUAUUCAAUCACUUUCAGUUCUUCAGUAACUGGGAAAGUUGUAAUGCAAAGAAAAGUGCAAGAGAUCUCAUUCUGUCAACAGGGCACCAUUGAACCAGAGCAUUUUGGCUUCAUUUGUCAUCAUCCUAAGAGUUCCCAAUAUUACUGUUAUGUAUUCAGAGCUGAAUCAAAGCAAGAGGUGAAUAACAUCAUGAAAUCUUUGAAAAGAUCUUUUACUUCUGCCUGGCAAGCUGUAGGUUCUACAGCACCAUGUGAAAAUUGUCCUUUACACAAGCUACAUUGUUUAUGCCAAUUGUUGGAAGGACAGAAACACACUGAUCAAGAAACUAUUAUACGUCAGCAUUUAAUCAACAACUUUGGUGAUUGUGUUCUGGAAGACUUCAAAAAGAAAUACCAGGCGGAGUCGAAACGUCGCGAUGUAAAUGAACAAAAUGAAAUUAUGAUGUCAUUGAUACGUCAACGGUAUGAAGAAAUGCAGGAGGUUCAUAGACACCUACCAAGUGUUCAGGUUCAACGGACUGGCACUGCUGCCAAAGAGAGACCUCCGCAAAACAUCAUAGCUAAAGCAAAACGUUCUCUGGGCGAUAUAUUUCGGUCAAAAACAAGAAGUUGGAGUAGAGUUGAUCUUGAUGGGGCAUCUUCUGCUGACGAAGCUGAGAGUAAGACUGGGGGUAGCAGGCAUCAAUUGCAACAUCAGAAACGUGUCAGUGUUCACGAGAUGCCCAAAACACCGGGAACCGAAGAGGAGAAAAACGAAGUUCCUGCGAGCAAUGAAAUACUCAACAAACCUAAACGUACGCACCGCAGAUCCUACAGUGACAUCAGUCAUGGUUUCAAAUCACCAACCAAGGUUGUAAAAGAUCCAGAUGACAGUCGAGAGCAUGUUUCUGAUGAUGAACAUUUUCGUGUUGAGGAUCCACAUUGUGAAGACUCCAACACAACCAGCAGUCCUAAGAAGUCGCUAUCAAAGAAACCGUCUUUUCGCCUUGCAAUCUUUGAUAGUGUUGCCACACUAUCGAAACUACCUAAUAUGGCUAUUGCGGAGGACAGAACAGCUAAGAAAUCACGUGAGCAGCUUCGGGCAUUAUGGAAGAAAGCAAUCAUGGAACAACGACUUUUGAUUCGAAUGGAAAAAGAGAAUUCGAAAUUGCGAGCUGGCGAAGGCAUAGCCAAAACCAAGCGUCUUAAAUUGGAGUAUAAAGAAGUUCAAUCAAGCAAUUUAGCAAAUGAAAUGUGGAAUAAAUUGUUAACAAAUGAAAAUUUGGUCGAUCAGGAUUCUCUUGUUGAUAUUGUUAGGUCUGGUGUACCGAAGACUCGACGUGGGGAAAUUUGGCGAUUUUUAUUAAAGCAAAAUUUGUUGAGAAACAAACAAAAGCCCAGAUUAUCAAUGAUACAGUCUUACAAAGAAUUAAAAGAGAGGAAUUCUGUUCAUCAACAUGCAAUACUCAUUGACUGCAAUCGAACAUUCCCAUCGCACCCUUACUUUAGUCAACAUGUGGGUGUUGGUCAGUUUGCUUUAUUUAACUUACUAAAAGCAUAUUCAAAUUUGGAUCCUGAACUCGGAUAUUGCCAAGGUUUAAGUUUUGUUGCUGGGAUACUUCUCAUGCAUCUCAGCGAAGAAGAAGCUUUUGAAGUUUUGCAUCAUUUGAAUUACUAUUAUAGACUACGUAAUCAAUACAUGCCUGAUAUGGGCGGCUUGAGAGUACAGUUUUACCAAUAUUCUCGUCUUCUUCACGAUGCCUGCCCUCGUCUUUAUGAUCAUUUUGAAAACUACGAAGUGACACCGGCCCUUUAUACUGCAUCAUGGUUUCUUACUCUCUUUGCUUCCUUGUUCCCCGUUUCGUUUGCUUGUCGAGCACUAGAUUUGCUGUGCCUUGGAGGGUUAGAGACUGUUUUCAAGGUGGCCAUAACUCUUGUCAGUCGUUUCCAAGACCAGAUCUUGGCUUGUGAAAGUCUUGAAACAAUUGUGGAAUUUCUGAAGAUUGACCUACCACAGUUAGCAGUUGAUCAACAAGAAAGUAUCAUUAAGGAUGCUCUUGCUAUGGAUAUUGGAGACAAAAUUCUAAGAUUUGAAGUUGAAUAUCAAGUUUUUCAAGAGGAAGAAAUAAAUCCAGAGCUUCUGAAACCAUAUAUAGAGAAAGCUGAGAAACUAGCUGAGGAAAAUGCAAAUUUGAAACGUCGUGUGAGUGGUUUGAAGAAGGAAAUAAAACGAAACGAGAAAGUUUUUCUAGAAAAGAUUAAUGAGCUGGUAGCCGAGAACAGCAGGUUGAGAUCUCUUGCCAACGUGAAUGUAGAAGAAAGUCCGCCAUUGAAUGAUAAUCAUGCUAAUGAUCGUGUGAUAUAUAAUGAUGAUGAUCGUUCUGGCGACAUAUCUCCAGGAUAUGUUGAACUUACUGCUACUGGUCACAGUUUUGAUAUAAAUUCAGGUGACAUUACUGGUGAUAGUGGUGUGGUGUAUGGUGAUUAUUGUGUGAUGAAUGAUGGUGAUAAUAGUGCUGGGUAUUCACCUAAUGAACCAAUUAAAAACUCAUGUACAAGUCCAACAGAUGAUAACACAGAUAGUUUCGAGCACAUUCUGGGUGGAACUGAUGAUGAGACUGAUGCUUUGUCUUGUGAUUCACCGCUAACUAUUGAAGAUUCACUAUGUGACCAGUCUAUUAGCCCUGAGUCAGAACAUAACUCGACAAAACUGUAGGGAAAAUAUAUAAUUGUAAUUUAUCACGCAGAAAGUAAAGGUAAUCUUUGAAAAGGUUUUGAAACUAAGGUAUCCAGUAUGCCUAACGAUUUCUCUUCUGUAUGAUAAUACAACGAGAAAUAGAAAAGAUUCUUUUCAGUUUUACUACUAUUUAAAUUAUAAUACAGGCUUGCUUCAUGUGAGUAUGUGAUUAGGUUAAAUUCAGGCAAUAUUCAGGUUUCAGCGAGUUUGGGAAACAAGAUAAAAACUUCUAUAUAAUCAUGAAAAAAAUUAUUUUUUUACAUAUUACGGAAAUUGAAUUUGUCCGAAUACAAAUAAUAUGAAGAUAAUUUAAUAAUUGGAUUAUAGUUUAUUUGUAAUAUAUAAGAUAA